GAAUCGAGCUGUUCCCGCUCCGGAUGACUCUGCAAACACGCUGCAAACAUCUCUCUCCUCGGACAUAUAAAUACACAAACACGUGGAUAAAAGACGCUGUGAUGGCCAGGCCAGGACUGCGCGGUUAUGAAACAAACAAGAACGCGAGAGUAAGAGCUGAAUUUGUUGCAGUUUCACUCAUUUUUGUGUGAACUUUUUUUGUUUAUUUAUGGGCAACGACAUCAGCAAAAACAGUAAGAGAGAGGGACCAGCUGCUCAGCGUCGACACAGUCAUGGGUUCCUCUCAAACAUGGGGGUCUCCAUCACUCACAGACUCGGACACUCAGCUGUAUUUUCCCGGCCUGUGGGACUGGAUGGCAGACCACCCGUCCCCAAACCUCUGCUGCCUCCAGAGGACAGCUCUGAGACGUCGGGCGCCACAGAGAGGACUCCUCCAGCUUUCAUCUUUGUCUUUCUGCCUGAGUUCCCACAGCGGAAAUUUCCUAGACAAGACCGUUUCCAGAUCCUGGGCUUCAUAGCUAAAGGCUCAUAUGGACCCAUCUUGAAAGUGAAGGACAUUUUCAAAGAGAAGACCUAUGCUGUUAAGGUUCUACCAAAGUCAGAGGUCUUGAAGCAUGGAGUGCUCCAGCAGUCAAAAGAGGAAGUCAUCAUUCAGCGGCAGCUCAAACACCCAUUUAUCCACAAUCUGCAGGACUGCUGGCAGACGCAGCACCACCUCUUCAUUAUGUGCGACUACUGCGGCGCUGGAGACUUGUAUACUUACUGGCUACUAAGGAGCCAGUUUGGAGAGGAUGAGGUUCGGCUCUUUGCUGCAGAGCUGGGCAGUGCGCUGGGAUUCCUACAUGACUUAGGGAUCAUGCAUAGAGAUGUAAAGAUGGAGAACAUUCUUUUAAGUGAUCGAGGUCACCUUCGCUUGUCUGAUUUCGGACUCUCGCGGCGGCUGAAACGAGGAGGAAGAGCGUUUACGAUAUGUGGGACAAUCCAAUACAUGGCUCCUGAAGUUUUAAGUGGGGGUCCAUACAACCAUGCUGCCGACUGGUGGUCCCUCGGCAUUUUGUUGUUCUCACUGGUGACAGGAGAGUUUCCAGUACCUGCAGAGCUGGACCACAGUACCAUGUUGAACAAGGUCAGAGAUUUUCCUUAUGUCCUACCUAAGACCUUCAGCUCUGCUCUGAUCUUACUGCUCACUGAGCUUUUGUGCAAGAGUCCAGCGAACCGGCUUCGUAACCUGGAGUGUUUCAAGAUGCAGGCCUUCUUUCGUGGCGCUUCAUUUGACUCUCUCAUCCUUCAAAAGACACCUGUUGAAGCCAUCCUCCAGCUCAGGACUCAUCCUGAUUGGGCAGCCAAAGCUGCGAGAGGCCUCUCAUUGGACUACUUUGAUAACUUUGACUGUGAUCAAAUCUUUCAUUCUCCUACAACUCCCACUGAACUGUCUCGUGCUUUGGCCAACAUGGACCUGAGACCAGCUACAGAGCAGACUUGUAAAGCAUAAGACUGGACUGUGUUUCUGUGCCUGGAUACAGAAGAUGACUGGGAAGAGAAACUCUGUAUAUACAGUAUUAACAUAUUUGUUACCUUAUGAGUUAUUAUUUCAACUAUAUUCUGCUACAUUUUUAUUGCGUUCAGUGUACAAUGAAGCAAUGUUGUGGGGUGCCUUUAAAUUAUUCUCAUUAUAUUUUGUUUGUUUACUGGAACUCUAUGAAGUCACUUUCAGGGGUUUAUCCUUACAUUUUGAAAUUAAAUGAAACUUUGACCGCUCUCACCUGUACUUGUGUUAAUUAUUUGAAUAUUACCUUGUUACCAAACAUAGUUGGUUAAUGAAGUAUAUGUAUUUCAUUAUACACUCAGAUAACACUGGGAUAUUUCUUCACUAAGUGUAGUCAUUAAGUCCUAGUAUUCCUAAGUGUGAAUUGUGUUUUACUGUACUUUAAUCAAACUGACAUGACUGUUAUUUUCUAUAUACAUAUGAUUAUAGUAGAUAAACCUUUUUUCACAAACUCAACUAAAUGGUCUUUGAAGUUGGUUCUCUGACCACAUCAACAGAGAUUUGUCUUGCUUUUUGGGUCCACUGGUGGUGUCUCAUCAGUAGAAUAAAUUUACUAAUCAGGGUAAAUUUUCUAAGAAAAUAUUUCUGUAUUAAAAAUGGAUUGAAAAGUUUUUACACAAAAUGCACUGCCUUUGACAAUCAAGAAAGUUGUGAACACUAUAGUCAGUCUUCUGUUUUGAUAUGUGUAUAUUGUAUGUGUGUUCUUUUAAUUUAGCAACCAUAAAAAUGAAUCUUUCCAUUAUUUUCCCUUACCACCAGUUGUAAGAAACUAAUCUUAUCUUUCUUUUACUGCAACAUUCUUGCAAUAUUUCCUUAAACUUACUUUGUAAAUAAUUCACCUGUCAGCAACAAUGUCCCUUUUUUACGCUUCUCUCUUGGUAAACAGGUUGCUUUCAUCCCAUUCUCCAUUUAUGUAAUAUUAUCUAUUGUACUGAAAUAACAUACAUGUAGAGCA